CCAACGCGGUGCCAGCAAGAGUAGACGAGAGAUCGCGUUCAGAGAGAGAGAGACCUUUGGUGCGAGAUUGGGCUUCGGCCCCAAUAGCGUUUAAGUUGAAGAACAUCCGUCAUCGCCUUGGGAGAGAGAAGAAGAAGAACAGCUGAAUAACUAUUGAAGAACGAGCACGAGGGACGAGAGCAAGGAGCGAAAGAACGAAAGGGAAGAGGAAGGGAAAGAGAUUAAGUAGUUUCGGGAGAGAGAGAGAGAAGAGAGAGGAAGAACAGGUGAAUUACCUUCGAAGAACAGGUACGAGGAGGGAGAACAAGAGGAGAACGAGGUGGAAAGGAAAGAAAAUAAGUCGUUUCUAAGGAAGGAUCGGGAGAGGGAGAGAAAAAAAGAAGAUAAAAGUGUAGUUAGUCAGUGCUCCGACUGAAGACAACAACAAGAAGGCGAUAAGAAAUCAAGAAGAAGGAGAAGGCGGCGAUUAAGAAGCCGAGAAGAAGAAGAAGAAGCAGAGCAGAAGAAGGAAGAAGGAAGAAGCCUCGAAGCCUCAAUCGCCGGCAAGAUGGAGGUCCUAGCCAAGUCUCUGGCUGCUGCCCCGCGACUCCUGAUGUUGUGUAAGCCCUGUGCCGCCCGCCCUGUCACGCCCGCACCCACGCCCACCCACGAGCGCCACAUGGCCCAUGACAUCUCUACCUCCUCCUCCACCACAUCCUCCACCACCUCCCUCCAACCCCAACAAAUCGAGAGUCCCUUUGCUGCUAACAAAACUAACGAACUACUCAAAGCGUGCAGCACGUGCGCCCAGCAGAUCGCACACGCCUCCAGCUCCCGCCACGUGUGCUCGCCCGCCCACGAAGUCGCGCCGGCGCUCUCCAACGGCAACGGCAACGGCAUGGGCGGCGGGAACGGGCGUCGCCUCAACCGCCGCACCGAGCUGGACUUCGAGGAGCUGAUGGCGCUGCAGAUGGCCGGCGACAUCGCGCUCAUCGACGUCAGGAACCCCCAGGAGCUGGAGAAGCAUGACGCCAUCCCCGGGGCCGUCAACAUCCCCCUGUGCCACUUGAAGCUCGCCCUCCAGCUGUCCGACGAGGAGUGGGCCAGGGAGUUCCAGGUCGAGAAACCCACCAAGUGCGACCGCAACUUAGUGUUCUACGCCCGGGGUCCCAACGCCUCGAGUGCUGCUGUGGAGAUCGCCCAUCGCCUUGGGUUUAAGAUGUCAAGGCACUACAUCGGAGGGUGGGAAGAAUACAGCAAGAAAACCGGGCAGCCCCUCACCAAGAGCCAGGACGCUGGUCCCUUCAGCAACUAUUACCAGAACCAGUUUGAUCAGUACUUCCUGUAAAUACCAGGAAUUGAAAAACAGAAAAAAAAGAUACUAGGAAAAACAGUUCAUGAAAUAAAGAAAUGGAAAAAUGUAUCUUUGAGAAGAUAAGGUGGAAUUUGAAUUUACUCGGAAUUUAUGCUGCAUCCUUCUCAGAGCUUUAGGGUUGCCCUUGCACAUACUCAUAGAUAUGGUUAGAGGUUUAUCACAUAGGCAGUCUUAUUUUUUCUAUUUACACUCGCGCUUCAUCGUCAUCUUCCCGUGUCUCCUUUUCUUUAAAGAUUUUGUCCAGAUGUAGACAACACUUCAGCUUUUAGAAGGAUGGAGCUAAAUUGUUCAGAGGAAAAUAAAAUGCAAAGAGAUAUAGAUAUACAAGAAUACUAUUGGAAAAACAAGGGUAUGAUUUUUUUUUCGAAAGAAGAUGAUCCAAUGAAUUUCAUGACAAGGAAGUGAAUGAUAAAAAACUUCUGAAAUAAAAACACAGUUAAGGUUAUGAGAGAGUGCAAAACAUUCAAUUUUGAAAGAGAGGCAAGUGAAAUGAAAGACGAGGAAAGUAAUACAUAGCAGAGGAAUGGAAGAAUUCAUUUUCGAACCUCUUGUUAGCGCUGACAAGAGAGCAGAGAAGCACCACGAAGACAGGCAUUGAUAUUAAUCCCUCCCCUUCCUUAGUCUCCCAAAUGUUGUACUAGUAAACCGGUAGAUAGUUGUCGCUCUCCAAGGGUGAAGUUUCUGCUCCUUCUUCAUACCUCUUCUGAGUAGAUAGUUGCCCACCAGUAUAUGGGAACAAAGUUUCUACUGUGUUUUAUGUAGAUGUUGGGGGAUUAUAUAAUCACCAUUUGUGUGUGGAUUAAAAGAGAAGGGAAAUGCAACAACAGAAAAUUGUUAGAAAGAAAUAAUAAGAGAGGAUUCAUGUGCAGUACUAUAUUUGAAAAGAUGGGGAAAAAAAAGGGUACUUGUAGGCAGGUUGUGACGCAGAUAAAUGUAUAUUAUACUCGCUAGUAGAUCUCAAUGAAAUGUAAUGUAAUAUAUAAUACCCCAAUACUCCUGCUCCCCUUUCCAGUAUACUAGUACAGCAGUAAUGGAUAGACCUUACAAAGACUGUUAACAAUUUUCUGUUAGUCUUUUCCCCUUGUCUGAGGUAGCCAAGAAAACUGGUGCCAAUCUGUUCUGUUAAGUUAUUAAAUGGAUUAUUUUUGUUGACAGAAUCGGGGGAGUUAAUGCUCCUUUGAUAUAAAUUAUUCCUGAGUUACAGAAAUGUGAGGUUUUGAAGAGAAAUGAUUCUUUUCAUUCUGCUUUUACUUUUUUUUAAUGGCCUGUGAGUGCAUAUCUCAUAAUUCUUAUGUGUAGUUUUAUUUUCAUCAUUUACAUUUUUUUGCUUUUGUUGAUUUUCCAUCAAGAAAAAAAACUGGAAUAUGUCAUUGUUUUUGUUUCUUAAAAGAAAAAAAAGUAUGAUAAUUUUGGUUAGUGGGGUUCUAUCACUGCACAAUUUAAUACCCUUUCAAUGGGGUUUGCAUUAGGGCUCAUCUGUUACAGAAGCACAGGAUUGCAAAGUAUGUUGCACAUGAUGAUUGGAGCUCAAGAAAUGUGGACGUCCCUUUACUGCAAAAAAGAGUAAUAGGAAUAUGAUGUUUGGAGAACAAGAGAGUGAGGAGAGGGUGUCACUGUCGACUCACAAAUAGGUGUAUGAAAUGCGGAAUGUGCUAUGAACUACAGCCACUGCUAUGGAAACUUUUAUUUUUAUAUAUUUUAUUUUUAUCUACUUUUACUUUUUUUUUUCCCCCACCUGAGAGGAGAGGAUAGGAUAGGGUAGGAAUGCAUACAAAGAAGUGUUUAGGUUUGUUUAUCAGUUGGAAAGUAAUUCUGUGAUGUUUGUGCCUAAUGUAACUCCAUCUUGUAGAAAAGACAAGGGAAUCUCCAUUUUAUUACAGAUCUUUAGAAUUUUUAUACUCAAAAGCAAUUCAGAUGUAUUACCUUGUCUAUUCAGUCUUAAAAACAGAAAUAAGUGAAAAAAAAAAAAAAAUUAAUGACAGUUUAGUAGCCUUUUUUUCUUUCUUUCUUUCUUGUUUGUCUGUUCUUUGUCUUAGUCUUUCUUCUUUCUUUAGGAUUAAACCUUGAGGCAUGUUCCUUUCUCAUAAUCUAAUUAUAACAAAGGAACAUGUAUCAAGGAUAUUUUUUUAAUCCUUGCCCAAUAAAAAAAAAAAUAAAAAGAAAAGAAAAAAAAAAGUAAAACUAAAAACUUCUACUGUAGAAAUGUAAAAACUCUCAAGAUUCGUAUUUUUGGAAGAAGGACUAACGAGGGCUCUGGAACCUGCAAUUCGCUUGUUAUUUGUUUUGAGCGCAUUGUGGUAUUUAUUGGCCUCGGAAGAGCAUGCCGGGAGACGAGUCGAGUCCAGAUAUAUCAUUAAAAAAAAAAGAUAAUGAUUGAAGCUACGACUUGUGUCCUGGGAAAUAUAUGGAAGAGAAUUGCUUAGUUAUAUCUAUUUUUUUUUUUUUUUUUUGCCAU